UGGUAACUAUCUCCGAGUCUGAAAAGUCUUGCCUCAAUGAUAGAGCAAGGCGCUUGCUUUCUAAGCCCAUCAAGUUCUACUAUGAGAUGCAGGAGCUAUUCACAGGCACUAGUGCUGAUGGUUCUUUGGCCAUGGACCAGCAUACAUGCACAAUUGAUUCCGAUGACUCGGACAAUGAUGAAGGGUUGUAUGAUCUCAACUGCUAUCCACAGUAUGAGGGCCCUCUUGAGGAGGAUUCUGACACUUUGCCAACAACACAUUGUCCUAAAAGACCUCCAGUACCUGUAGGUGGUGAUAAUUUGUGGCUUGCCAUAAUGUGUGGCAAAAUCAAACUGUUUGGUUGGUAGCCAUGCCUUAGGUUAGGUGUGGCAGAUUUUGUGUGGCGUGUGUUUGGAUGGAUUCCACAAAUGUUUGGCAAAAAGUUAUGGUUUGCGUUUGGUUUUC